GGCGGCCUCGCUCCGCGCCGCCCGCUCCUCCCGCAGCCGCCGCCGCCCCGGCUGCCGCUCCUCCCCCGGCCCCGCCUCCCUGGCCCCCGCGCCGCCCGCCUGUCCGCCGGUCUCUGCAAGGCCGUCGGUCCGUCCGCCCGCCCUCCCGGCGCUCCUCCGCCCUGGCCCCGCUAUCUCGGCCGCGCACGUCGCUUCCUCGGUCCCGGCCACCGCUAGCUGGUUCCCCGCCCCCGGGCCGGCCGCCGCCGCCGCUACUCGAGGCCGGGGAUUGGCAGGGCGCGUAGGCCGCGCCGCCGCCGCUGGAGCCGGAAUAAAGGGGCAGCCGAGAGACCAGCCGGACGCCACUCGCCCCGCGCCUGACCCCGCGGGCGGCCUGGAGCAGAACCAAUCAUCGGGGAAGGGCAGAGCCUUUCUGGCAUUGCUGGCAUCCUGCCUCGAAGAGCCCCCUGUCCUGCAGGCAGAGCCUUGUAAUCUAUCUUGGUUAAUGACUUGGGCGGUCUGACCAGUCCCUCUUCCGUGCCUUGUCUGAGGUUUUUGUCCAUACCUGAUCCUAGGCAGCUUCUGUCUGGGUUGGAACACCUUAAGUGGGAAACUGAAGCCAUUACUCUCCAAACCCUGUUUCAUCCUCCCAAGCAUGUCAGAAAGCUGGCAGCAGCCACCACAGACGCAGCCACAGCAGCCUCAGCCACCACAGCCUCAGCACCAUGCAGAACCGCCGCCGGCCCUGGCUGAGCACGCGCUGCCCCCAGGCUCAGCUGAGAACCCCCUGGGCUGUGCUGUCUAUGGCAUCCUCCUGCAGCCCGACCCGGGCCUCCAGCCCCCGCAGCACGCGCCCCUGCAGGCAGCUGGUGAGCCCGGCCCCAAGUGCGGUGUGUGCGGUCACGACCUGGCACACCUGUCCAGCCCGCAUGAGCACCAGUGCCUGGCGGGCCACGACCGCUCGUUUCAGUGCACGCAGUGCCUCAAGAUUUUCCAUCAGGCUACCGACCUGCUGGAACAUCAGUGCGUGCAGGCCGAACAGAAGCCUUUUGUCUGUGGCGUCUGCAAGAUGGGCUUCUCGCUGCUCACCUCGCUGGCACAGCACCACAGCGCACACAGCGGCACCGGUGGCCUUGUGAAAUGUUCCAUCUGCGAGAAGACCUACAAGCCCGCCGAGGCCGCUGAGCCCGCAGCCACUGCUGCGUCCGCGCUGCCCCCAGCAGCCGCGCCGCCCACCGUGGCUCCCGCCGAACAGGCCGACAAGCCCUACAGCUGCUCCAUCUGCCAGAAGCCCUUCAAGCACCUGUCGGAGCUGUCGCGGCACGAGCGAAUCCACACGGGCGAGAAGCCGUACAAGUGCACGCUGUGCGACAAGAGCUUCAGCCAGUCGUCCCACCUGGUGCACCACAAGCGCACGCACAGCUCCGAGCGGCCCUACAAGUGCGCGGUGUGCGAGAAGACCUUCAAGCACCGCUCCCACCUGGUGCGCCACAUGUACGCGCACUCCGGCGAGCACCACCUGUUCCGCUGCAACGUGUGUGAGCUGCACUUCAAGGAGUCCUCCGAGCUGCUGCAGCACCCGUGCACGCCGAGCGGGGAGCGGCCCUUCCGCUGUGGCGAGUGCCAGAAGGCCUUCAAGCGGCCGUCGGACCUGCGGCAGCACGAGCGCACGCACAGCGCGGAGCGUCCCUUCAAGUGCGAUCUGUGCCCGAUGGGCUUCAAGCAGCAGUACGCGCUCAUGCGGCACCGGCGCACACACAAGACCGAGGAGCCCUUCAAGUGCGGCCUGUGCGAGAAGGGCUUCGGGCAGCCCAGCCACCUGCUCUACCACCAGCACGUGCACACCCUCGAGACCCUCUUCAAGUGCCCCGUGUGCCAGAAGGGCUUCGACCAGUCGGCCGAGCUGCUGCGGCACAAGUGCCUGCCGGGCGCGGCCGAGCGGCCCUUCAAGUGCCCCGUGUGCAACAAGGCUUAUAAGCGGGCGUCGGCCCUGCAGAAGCACCAGCUGGCCCACUGCUCGGCAGCCGAGAAGCCUCUGCGCUGCACUCUGUGCGAGCGCCGCUUCUUCUCAUCCUCGGAGUUCGUGCAGCACCGCUGCGACCCAGCCCGCGAGAAGCCACUCAAGUGCCCGGACUGCGAGAAGCGCUUCAAGUACGCGUCAGACCUGCAGCGGCACCGGCGGGUGCACACGGGAGAGAAGCCCUACAAGUGCCCCAAUUGUGAUAAGGCCUUCAAGCAGCGGGAGCAUCUCAACAAGCACCAGGGUGUGCACGCCCGCGAGCAGCAGUUCAAGUGUGUGUGGUGCGGCGAGCGCUUCCUGGACGUGGCCCUACUGCAGGAGCACAGCGCUCAGCACAGCGCGGCGGCUGCGGCUGCGGAGGGCGCCUACCAGGUAGCCGCCUGCCUGCCCUGAGUGCGCGCCUUGGCCCCCAUCCUGUCCCCGCCCAGACUCCUCGCAUUGAGCCCUCUACCUGGCCCGUGGUCUGAGGCCCUGGGCCUUGAGUGACCCUGAGGACAGAUGGCACUGGGCAGCCAGGGGGUGGGGGUGGGGGAGUGGGGACCUGGAAGUGGGGGAGCCAGAUUGCUGGGGCUGGUCCUGAUCCCACAAACCUCUUUCCCAUUACAAGAUUCCUUUUCUUGAGAGCCAUCGGCUUCUCUUGUCUCUGGCGGCCUGGAACCAGGCUGGAAAUCAAGUGGCCUGUCUCUACCCUGCGGAGGGAUUGGUGCCAGCCCAACCUUCCCAAACUUUUCAGCCUAAUUAGAAACCAGAUAGUUUCUAGGAAGGAGGAUGGCCAUCGUAGGGCCUGGGAGAAGGGCCAGACCCCAUAGGUGGGUUGGAUGUAGGGCAUCCUCCUUCAAGUUGCUGUUUGAGGGAGAAGGCCAGCUUUGUGAUAUGGUCCUGGGGACCAGGAGGUGAGCCACAGGCCUGUCGGUCUGCUCCAGCUAGGGGUGAUGUGCCCUUCUGGUUUCUGAUCGUGAGACAUAACAGGAGGGCUGCACGUCUGUGAGCUGGGUAUGCCUGGAGAGAACUGGCCCAGCCCAAAGGGAGGAGGCAGAGAAGUUCUCCUGUGACACAUUCAGCCAGGGACAGUGCCAUCCACAGGGAAAGGAGGAAAGGCAGCUUUUGUGCUGAGGGCUAAUCCUGCUGUUCGAGAAGUGCCCCUUCCUACCUUUGCAGCAUAGUUCCAAGCUCUGGGGAAUGUGUUCUCGGCCAGACAGGACCGCUGAUGUGAAAGAAGGGGAUCGUUAGACCACCUUGGUGCCUGGGAGGAAGCAGGGCCAAGUGCAUGAUCUUACCAGUGGAUGCAGACAACUGUCCUCCCCCUUGAAGGUGUGAACCAAAGUGUCAAGGGCAUGGCCCCAAUCAGCUUGCCUUUGCUCUGCUUCUGGGCCAAGACCAGGCCUGGGCACCGAGGGUGGGGGAGGUGAAAGGACUCUGAUCCCACAGUGCUCUCCCAGCCUGUGGGCACCCUCCCCAUCAGUCUGGCUGUUGGCCUGGACCCCAGGGGUCUUGCACUGCCAAGAUGCCCUGGACAACAUCCAGUGACUUCCAAGGCCAGAGCAUUCCCUCCUGGGGUCCCUCUAGGUCUCUGGCUGACCACCAGGGCUCAUGGAGUCAAGGGUGUCUGGGGCAAUAGGGAGCAGGCUGGGGAAGAGGGUUAAGGGAACCAGUAGGUGGCUGGAGUUGACUGAGAUCACUGGCCAGCGAUCUCCUCCCCUCCUUGGGAAGCCCAGAGGACUUUUAUUAUCAAAAUGAUUCUUUUGAACCCGGCUGUGCCCCUGUGCUCUACCAGCCUUCCUCCUUGGGUGUGGGUCUUGAAAGACUUUAAUCAGUGCUUGCGCCAAGGGCCCAGAGGAGCAGAGAGGCCCCCUUGUCUCACUGUCACCUUGAGAAGGCUGAAGAGCCCACAUCUGCCUCUUCUAUGAGACUGGGCUCCCUUCCUGUGCCUGCGGAGAGGGGCUGGUCCUUCCCCUCGGUGCUGGCUCUCCGUCACAAUGCCUCAAAAGACAUGGAACCCAGGCCGACCAUAGGCCCAACUGCUCAUUUUCCCCCCUUUCCUUUUGCUUUCUAAAAGCAGUUGUUAUACUGUUCAUAACAUUGUAUAGUUUAAUUUCAUGUCAUUUUGGAUCUUCUAUUAAAAUGUGAAAAUUUGGAUUUUUAAAAAGAAUGACUCCAUUUUAGAUAGCCCCUUUUGAUGUUAAUAUAUAGUGAGUCCAAUGUAUGCUUUAGAAGUAAAGACAUUGACCAUCACAGACCAAA